GCUUUUCUUUCAGAGUUUGUCUUGUAAGAGAACGCCUGAUUUUAAAUUAAAAUUAAGCAAUGAUAAGUUCAAUAUUAAAAAGAGAAUUAGUCCAAUAAUGACUAGGUUAAUUUCUUUCGGUGACUAGUUUAAUCCAUUUAGUUACUAGAUCUAUUUUUAUAUUUAAAUUAAACAGUCUCUUUUAAUAAUUUUUGUUCCUCCCAAUACUAGGAGAUUCAGUGAUCGAUUCUCAUCACUGGUCCUAGUGGCUCUUUAGCCCAAACAAAAAAACCAAAAAAGUUUGUUCCACCUGAUAAUAUGGCACUUGCUAAGUGCAAAUCUUCUACUUCCACCAUAGUUUAUGAGUCUAAGAAGCUAGCUUAUGGUAACAAAAGGUUUAGAAGAAAGAGUGAAUAUCUUGAUAAUGAUGAUGAUGAUCGUGACUUGAAGAGGAAAUCUUGUCAUGCUCAUGAUAAUGAUGAUGAUGAAGAAGAAAGAUUACGCGAUCAAAGAGAGAGGGAAGAGUUAGAGAGACAUAUUGCGGAACGAGACGCUUUUCGAACAAGGAAGCUACAAGAGCCAAGAUUGACAAAGGAGAAGGUUAAGGAAGAUGACAUUGUAGCACUUAGAAGAGUUUCAAGACAAAAGUACUUGAAGAAAAGGGAGGAAAAGAAAUUGAGGGAGUUUAGAGAUGAGAUAGAAGAUGAACCAAAUUUGUUUGAUGGUGUUGAUGUAAGUGAAGUAGAGCGUCGUGAAUUAAGGUACAAAAAGGAAGUGUAUGAGUUACUUGUCUCUAAAACAAGGGAAGAACAUGCUAGUAAUAAUGAGUAUCGAAUGCCGGAUGCAUAUGAUCUAGAAGGAAGAGUGGAUCAAAAGAAAAGAUUUGGUGUAAAAGAUGAAGAAUUUAAGGGUAAGAAUUUGAAUCUUUUAUGUGAACAACAAAAGUGGGAGCAAUAUCAGAUUGAAAAGGCCACCUUUAAAUUUGGUGCACAAGAUAAAAGUGCAGACAAGUAUGAGUACUUAUUCGAAGAUGAAAUCGAAUUCUUGAAAGCUGCUGUAAUGGAUGAAGAUUAUAAGUUUGAUAGUUCAAAACAUAAAGAGGAGAUGCUAACUGAGUCACAUCAGGAGAAGCGGAAAGCCCUGCCAAUCUAUCCAUUUCGCGGUAAGUUACUUGAUGCUAUCAGAGACCAUCAGGUUCUUAUAAUUGCUGGAGAAACUGGUUGUGGGAAAACAACUCAGAUACCACAGUACCUGUAUGAAGCUGGAUAUGCAAAAACUGGAAAAAUUGGAUGUACUCAACCUAGGAGAAUUGCUGCCAUGAGUAUUGCUGCUCGUGUUUCACACGAAAUGGGUGUGAAACUUGGGCAUGAGGUGGGUUACUCUAUCAGAUUUGAGGAUUGUACUUCUGAGAAGACAGUUCUGAAGUAUAUGACAGAUGGUAUGUUGCUUCGCGAAUUCCAGAGUGAGCCGGAACUUGGUAGUUAUAGUGUUAUCAUGGUGGAUGAAGCUCAUGAAAGGACAAUUCCAACAGACAUAUUAUUUGGCUUAGUUAAGGAUGUAUGUCGCCUUCGAUCUGAGUUUAAGCUACUCAUCUCGAGUGCAACUCUUGAUGCUGAGAAAAUCAGUGAUUUUUUCGAUUCUGCACCGAUAUUCAUAAUUCCAGGGCGGCCUUAUGAUGUCAAGAUAUACAACACUAAGGCACCACAGGCUGAUUAUAUGGAUGCAGCAAUAGUUAAGGCGUUGGAAAUACAUGUAACAGAAGCACCUGGUGAUAUACUGAUAUUUCUUACUGGACAAGAAGAAAUUGAAACAAUGGAGGAGAUGUUAGUGCAUAGGGUUAAAAGAUUUGGCUCCAAAAUAGCUGAGCUUAUUAUAUGCCCUGUCUAUGCCAACCUACCAACACAUCUGCAGAGUAGAAUAUUUGACUGUACUCCUGAAGGUGCGCGCAAGGUUGUGCUGGCCACAAAUAUUGCAGAGACGUCUCUCACAAUAGAUGGGAUUAACUAUGUUAUAGAUCCUGGAUUAGUGAAGAUGAAGUCGUACAGUCCACGAACAGGGAUGGAGUCAUUGUUGGUGACACCGAUAUCUAAGGCAUCAGCAAAGCAACGUGCAGGUCGAUCAGGCAGAACAGGGCCUGGUAAGUGUUUUAGAUUAUAUACAGCUUACAAUUAUCAGGAAUUGGAUGAUAAUACUAUCCCAGAAAUUCAGAGAACAAAUCUAGCAAAUGUUGUUCUUACACUCAAAAGCCUUGGUAUUGUAGACUUAUUAAACUUUGAUUUCAUGGAUCCACCAUCAUCUGAGGCUUUAUUGAGAGCUCUUGAGUUGCUUUACGCGCUUGGUGCUCUAAAUAAGCUGGGUGAGUUAACUAAAGUUGGAAGAAAAAUGGCUGAAUUUCCUCUUGAUCCCAUGUUAUCAAAGAUGAUUGUUGCUUCAGAAAAGUAUAAAUGCUCUGAAGAAAUAAUCACCAUUGCAGCAAUGGUUUCAGUUGGAAAUUCAAUCUUUUACCGUCCAAGGAACAAACAAGUCUUUGCAGAUAGUGCUAGAAUGAGAUUCCAUGACGGGAAUGUUGGAGAUCAUAUCGCGCUUCUAAAGGUCUACAACGAGUGGAAGUCGAACAACUAUGACAACACAUGGUGCUUUGAGAAUUAUAUUCAGAACAAGAGUAUGAAACUAGCAAGAAACAUAAGAGAUCAACUCAUGAGGUUGUUGGAAAGGGUAGAAAUAGGAGUAACAUCUAGUAUAAACGAUUUCGAAGCAAUCAAAAAGGCGAUCACAGCAGGUUUUUUCCCUCACACAGCACAGUUUCAGAAAGAUGGUUCAUAUAAAAGAGUCAAGUAUCCUCAGAUUGCACACCUUCAUCCUAGUUCAGGUUUAGUGCAGAUGAAACCGCAACCAAAAUGGGUAGUAUAUCAUGAACUGGUUUUGACAACAAAGGAAUAUAUGAGAUGUGUGACUGAGCUGAAAUCAGACUGGUUGGUUGAGAUUGCUCCUCACUACUAUGAGAAGAAGGAUGUCACAGCAUUUGGCACAAAGAAGAUGCCAAGGGAUAAAGGACUUUCUGCUUCAUAGUCAUGAUUUUUUUUUUUUUCUGUAGAGCUAAAACUUAUAAUGUGAUAAUGUAAAUAUAAUUGUUACAAAGUAAUGUAAAUAUAAGAUUGAUCUGGUGUUGUAAACUUGGAGUUCACUUUGUUUUUUGUUUUUUAACAUUUUAUAGAUUAUUACCUCCGUUCUUUAUUAAUUUACCCGCAUUCCUUUUUUGGGAUGUCCCUUAUUAGUUUAUCCAAUUCUUUUGUUUCUAUUUUUGGAAUGGGACCAUUAACUUUCCAUACACACACAUACAACUUUACUAUAAAUUAAUCCUUUCUCUUUUUUUCUAUGUCCUACAACAUUAUUUCUCCUAAAACUCUGUGCAAAAGAAACCGUUAAACUAAUAAAAACUGGAGGAAGUAUGUAUAUAUAGUCAGUUUUUCGUUGAUAUAGUCAAUUUUUGUAUAAUAUAAUCAUCUUUUGUAUAAUCACUAGUUUUUAGUCCAGGGUUAUGCCUCGGGCAAUUAUAA